GAUUAGAUAUGAUUCAAGAGAGACACCUGCAGCCAUCACUUUUUCUCCACGCCAGGUUAAUUUACUUGAAUUCUGCGGGUCAAUUUUAAUUCGAUAAUGCGCCAAUCGCAUACAGGUGCACGCCAAUUAUCCAGACACAGGUUGAUUAUUGAAAUUCGGACUGAGAUUUGCAAAAUCCACCUGUCAUUAUAUUCAAUCAUGUAGAAAUGUGACAGUUGUUGAUCCACUGAACCUUCUCGAAACCACAAAUAUGAACCACGCCUUAGAGGCCUUGCAUCUGACUUUGCCAUGGAGGAUGAAGAAACAGGGGAGCUUUUUAUACCAUGCAGGGUAUGCAGUCACAAGUGUUUUAAUAAGCAUGGCAAAUACCACGAUAAGCAGUGCUUUGAUGGGUCUGCGUGUUUCUUCAAAGUUAUGCUUGGAGAUUUUGCAGAAAGACUGCGCCUUCCUCCUGCAUUUGUUUCACAGUUUAUAACAGACCAACAUGAACAUAUGGUGUUGCAAGGCCCAAAUGGGCAGGAGUGGGAAGUAGAAUUAUUGGGUUCAAACAAUAAACUGGAAUUUCGACAUGGUUGGGAAAGAUUUGUCAAUUUUCACGGCCUGCAGUUGGGUGAUUUUGUUGUGUUCAAGUACAUAUCUAAGUAUUAUUUCAAGGUUCAGAUGUUUGGAAGAUCUGGGUGUGUGAAAAAUACCUGUGCUCUUCAUAUUGAGAAAACAAAGAUUGGUUUAGAUAAGAGACGCCCUUCUACCAAAAUGUGCAGUUUGAAUCAGCCAAUGAGCAAUAACUUGCUGACUUAUUUGGUUUAUGAUGAUAAAAACAACGAUGAGGCUGAAGCAGUGGCUGAAAAUCAGAGGAGAAAAAGGAAAUCCUUUUGCCUUGGUCAUGCUUCCAAGAACCCUGGACAUGGUUUCUCUUCUCAGAAUCACAUGACAGUGGGGCCUGCUGCUCCUUUCGAAUCAGAUAACAAAAAAGUUAAUUUGCUUGGAGACUAUUCCUCCAAGAACCCUGGCCAUUUUUCCUCCUCUCAGAAGCAAAUGACAAUGAAGCUUGUUUCUUCUUUCAAAUCAGAUAAACCUUUUUGUUUAAUGGUUAUCAAAUCAUGGAAUGUGAAUAAACCAAACAUGCUAAGGUUCCCAAUAAUUUACAAAAAUCCACUUCAGCUACCAAGGGUAAAUGCUGAGAUAGCUCUUUUGGAUGGAGACUGUAAAGAGUGGAAGGUACAGUGCAUUAUUAAGGAAAGGAGGCCUACCUUAAGUGGGGGGUGGAAAUGUUUUACACAAGAUAACAAUAUAAAGGAAGGAGAUACUUGUAUCUUUGAGCAGCUGGACAACAAUAAAAAAAAAUUUAUGUUCAGAGUUCAUAUCUUCCCUGAUGUAAAAAAGGCUCAUCUUCAAAAAGAUCAGGAGGAUGGCUGAAGUGUUUUGCAGAAAGAUCUGUAAUGGGUUUAUUGAGCUGAGAUAGAAUCAGGAAGCACUGUCCAAAUUAAAACAAAAGAAGAUAAGUAAAAACAGAGAUUUUGAUGGAAGGCAGGUUAAAGAUGAAGGAUAGAAUUGUACAAGACAAGUCUUCCAUAGAAGAACAUAAUCUAACAACAAAUUCUGUUAUC